UUGUUUCACCUGCAAUAUAGACAGCCAACCACCAGGGGGCAGGAGACACGGAACCUCAACAGGAAGUGCUUCACUCCUCCACGGCCGAUCUUUAUCAACAUCGCUGCUGUUUGAGCUCACCAUGAAUCCGCUGACGAAGGUGAAGCUGAUCAACGAGCUGAACGAGCGCGAGGCCGACCUUGGGGUCAAUGAGAGCGUGUCGUGGCACAGCGAGUACCGGGACAGCGCCUGGAUCUUUGUGGGAGGCUUUCCCUACGAGCUCACAGAGGGGGACCUGAUCUGCGUCUUCUCUCAGUACGGCGAGAUCGUCAACAUCAACCUGGUGCGCGACAAGAAGACGGGGAAGUCCAAAGGGUUCUGCUUCGUCUGCUACGAGGACCAGCGCAGCACCAUCCUGGCUGUGGACAACUUCAACGGCAUCAAGAUCAAAGGACGCACCAUUCGCGUAGACCACGUGAAAAACUACCGACCCCCCAAAGACGGCGAGGACAUCGAUGAUGUCACCAAACGCUUGAGGGAAGAUGGCUGCGCCCCCGCAGGCCCCUCUGCCCCCCCAUCUUCGUCUGAGGAAGACGAGCAGCCCGUCAUACCAGUGAAGAAGCCCAAAAAAGACAAAAAAGAGAAGAAGAAAAAGAAGAAGAAGGAGAAGAAGAGAAGCCGGGCCUCCCCAUCCCCUCCUCCUCCCCCCAUCAGAGUCAAAGAGGAGAAACAGGACUCGGCGUACGAGAAGUACGCCUCAGGGGGGGCACAGAACGGACACAACGAGACGGAGAGGAGGAGAGACAGAGAGAGGAGGAGAGAGAUGGACAGAGACGUGGAGAGAAGAAGAGAGACGGAGCGAGAGAGGGAGGACAGAAGACGAGAAGAAAGGAGGAGAGAGACAGACAGAGAGAGCUCCAGAAGAUAGGAGAGGAACGCUAGAGCUCCCCCUGCUGGCUGACCUCCUCCUGUAAACAAGCAGUUUUUGUAGAAAUGUUUGUAAAGUUUGUCUUUGUUAAAAAAACCAGAAGUUUGUCUUUAUAUUGAUGAUUUAAAUAAUUGAUUUAAUAAAAAUUCAACAAACAGCAAA